AUCUCAUUUCAUUUCUCCUUGCAGGAAACGCUUCUUUGCGCGAAAUGCAGUUCUGAGUUCAUAACCAUUCCGUCCGUUCUGCUCUGUCACGACACUGAUUAUGACGGGUGUGGCUGUUGCCACCCCACCACCCCCCACGUUCCCUACCCGUAUAUAACAUCCAUCAUGACAUUUAGUCCGUCCCUCUUUCUCCCCACCGAAUCCCCCGACUACCCAUUCUAUACCCUUGUCCCAAUACUCGGCUGCAGCUGGCAUGUCAACCUCAACUGCUAAUCUGAACGAAAAAGGUGCCCAUCCUGUCAACGGUACAAAUGGCGGAGCUCGCAUCCCAGACGAAGAAGAAGGAACGACCAUCCCAAAACAUAGUGGCCACCAGGAUCACAGACACCUACUCCCAACAGCUUCAGGCUUCGUUCAAUUCAAGAAUCGCUUCUUAAGGAAAGGAAAGAAGAAAGUAGGAACUUGGGACAGUUUGCAAGCUAUCGCGCUCUCCUCUUGGCUAAACGUGUUCAUCAUAUUCAUCCCACUUUCAUGGGUUGCGCAUUUCAUUAAUGAAGCAAGACACCACCAUCAGGAACCCAAAGUCUUCCCUGAUGCGCUAACCUUUGCUUUCUCACUUCUCGCGAUCAUACCUCUUGAAAGGCUCUUCGAUUAUGGAGGCGAACAGAUGGCGUUCUACGUUGGAAAGGACCUUGGGGAUCUGAUCGUCGUAACACUGAAUAACGCGGUUGAGGCGACGCUUGCUAUAAUAUUGCUAACGAAAUGCGAGAUCAAGUUGCUACAGGCAACCAUAAUAGGUGUUGUCAUACUCCACUUGCUUCUCAUUCCAGGAACUGCUUUCAUUACCGGCGGUGCUCGUGUCAUGCAACAGGAUCUUCAUCCCCAUCUCAUACAACUGAAUCACACCCUGCUUAUCAUGGGAGUUCUGGCAUUACUCCUCCCUGCAGCAUUCUUUGCCGCUCUCGACCGAGGUUCCCAAGCUAUCGCCACCGAUGCUUCGUACAUCGUAAAUGACGAAAACCAAGUACUCUUCUUAAGAAUGAGCCACGGACUUGCUCUCAUCCUGUUAGCUGUGUAUAUAUGUUCGCGAAUCUUUUUGCACAACCCUCCCGGAGACGGCAACGCUUUACAGGCCCUCCCAGAUGCGCCGUUGGCUUUGAGGCAAGAAGAGGCAAAGCUUAUCCACGAAGACCCUGAAGUGAGCCAGUGGGUGUGCAUCGGUAUGCUGAUUGUUACGAUCGCGUUGAUGGCUGCGACUGCAGAAUGGCUGGUCGAUAGCAUUGAAUUUGUACGAGAUGGACGAAUCGAAGAAGAAUGGUUUGGGUUGAUUCUACUCCCCAUCGUUUCUUUUGCUGCCGACGGAAUGGUUGCAAUUGGUUACUUCGUGGCAUGGGCGAUUCGACAUCUGCUUGGUAGGGAGACACCACCCGCAACGCUCGCUAAAGCUCGCGCAAUCGAUCUUUCUAUCCAGUUCACUCUUUUCUGGAUGCCAUUCCUUGUGUUGCUUGGCUGGUGGACAGAUAAACCUCUCUCAUUGUUGUUUGACAUUUAUGAAGUGGCAAUUCUCAUUGGGUCGUGUUUCCUGGUCAACUAUGUUACUGCAGACGCAAAGACGAAUUGGGCGGAGGGAUUCGCUAUGGUUUCGUUCUAUGCCAUGAUCGCAUUGACGACAUGGUUCUAUCCGGGCCAGCCUGAAAUUGAAAGGAUGUCGGAGUUUGGGAAAUGUGUUUUAGCUGCGGAAGGAGCUGAAGGAGCUGCUGUUAUUGGACACUGAUGGAUUUCAGCGCUAGGUCUCGGACUAAAUAUACCUAUAUGUUGUUGGAUCAUAAGUAAUACUCCCAAUCUAUAUAUUUA